AUGGCAAUUUGCAGGAAACUGCAUGUCUAUAUGUUUCAGCCCCCAGGUUUUCAAGACUCCACUAAUCCUAAGAGUGUCUGUUUAUUACAAAAGUCUCUCUAUGGUCUGAAACAGGCACCCAGGGCAUGGUACCAACGCUUUGCUACCUACAUCUUGUCUAUCAGCUUUGUCAGCAGCAAAUGUGAUCCUUCUCUCUUCAUUUAUCGCCGUGGACAGGACAUGGCCUAUAUUUUAUUGUAUGUGGAUGAUAUUGUGCUAGCCACCUCCUCGGACUCCCUCCGGAACCGCAUCAUCUCACUUCUUCGGUCCGAGUUUGCUAUGACUGAUUUGGGCCCUCUCUCAUACUUCCUUGGGAUAUCGGUACAACGCACCUCCAAGCACAUGUUCCUAUCUCAGCGCAAAUAUGCCGAGGAAUUUCUUGCUCGUGCUAACAUGUCUUCCUGCAACCAUUCUGCUACUCCUGUUGAUACUAAGGCCAAACUCAGCGCCUCCAGCGGUCCUCCCAUGAAGGACCCCACUCUUUAUCGUAAGCUUGCUGGUGCCCUCCAGUACCUGACGUUCACUCGUCCGGACAUCUCUUAUGCCGUUCAGCAGAUUUGCCUCUUCAUGCAUGACCCUCGUGAGCAUCAUUUUCAUGCCCUCAAGCGAAUCCUUCGAUACCUCAAGGGCACCUUAGACUAUAGUAUGCAUUACUCAUCUACUCCUGUCACGAGCCUUAUUUCUUACACAGAUGCAGAUUGGGGUGGGUGCCCCGACACGCGGCGCUCUACAUUAGGGUACUGUGUGUUUCUUGGUGAUAACUUGAUUUCUUGGUCCUCAAAACGGCAAGCUACCCUCUCUCGCUCCAGUGCCGAGGCCGAGUACCGCGGCGUUGCCAACGUCGUCGCUGAGUCUUGUUGGCUCUGCAACCUUCUUCUAGAGCUACACUGUCCUCUCGCCCAAGCUACCAUGGUUUUUUGUGACAAUGUUAGUGUUGUUUACAUGUCUCAUAAUCCGGUUCAACAUCAACGCACUAAACAUGUCGAGAUGGAUAUUCACUUUGUCCGCGAAAAGGUUGCCCUUGGUCAUGUUCGAGUCCUCCAUGUACCUUCUGUGUUAGAAUGUAAUCACAAGCAACGAAAUUUCUAA